UUUAAGUUCUAUAAAGUGAUUUCAAUUGAAGCUAAACUCUAUUAACCACAUUGAUUUUAAUCUUUUGAGGUCCUAUUUGUUUAAUCUAAAAUUGUAGAAUAAUAAAAUAAAGAAAAAUGACUUUUCCCAUUUUACCUGUGAUAAUGAUGAUGAACCAGUACAAGUAUCUUAUGGGCACGUACAAACCAACGCCAAUGAUUAUGCAUCAUUUCUCAAUAUACGAACAGCCGAAGAAAAAUAUACAGGUACACCAUUUUAUUGCGGUGGGAAAUCGUGAUACGAAGCCCACACUGGUGCCUUAUAUAUUAACAGAUAAUACUGCAACAACAGCAGCUGAUGAAUCAACAACAGCUGUAUCUUCCAUAUCCACAGCAGCCGGGGGAUCAGAAUCUACAGCUGAACCUACCACUACUUCAACUGAAUCAUCAUCAAUUGUAGAUGAAUCAUCAUCAAUUGAAGAUGAAUCAUCAGUAACUACAGAGGUAUCAUCAGCAACUACAGAGGAAUCAUCAGCAACUGCAGCUGAAUCAUCAGCAACUGCAGCUGAAUCAUCAGCAACUGAGACUGAAUCAACAGCAACGGCAACUGAAUCUGCAGAAACUGAGACUGAAGCAUCUGAAGCUGAAACGACUGAAGCAACUGAAGCUGCAGAUGCAUAG